AUGACGGGAACGCACGCAAAACCCCAGCACAACCCCAACCUGCCCGGGCCUGCCCCGAACACGGCCGGGCCACACCGACACGACUGGCUCAACCGCCUGGACCCGACCGUCGACAGCAUGACGAGCGGCGUCCAGGUCACCGGCCCAGGGGUCCACGGGCCGGGACGCGAGCCCGGCUUCGGCCGAACCCCUGCCUCUACACACGUGAACCAGUCCGGCGUGGGCACGGCCGGUGCAGCGUCGUCGGCUGCGCAGCGGCAGGAUUACGCAGGCGAGUACGGCGCUCGACACGACUCGAAGCUGGGCAACACGGUCGAUCCGCGCGUCGACGCUUCGCGCCAAUCGGUCCCGGGCGUCUCGUCGGGCCCGGCGGCAGGCGUCCGCGAGGGUACGUACGGACCGCACGACUCACGGGCGGCCAAUGCGCUCGACCCCCGCGUGGACUCGGACUUGGACUCGCGGGGUGCCGGCGCGACGAUGCACGGGGGCUCCGCGCCGUACCCGGGGGCGGCGUCGGCGGUCAGCUCCGGCCCGGCGCCGAAGACGGCCGGAAAACAUCGCUCCGACUGGGCGAAUCGCUUGGAUCCUACCGUGGAUAGUAAGCCCAGGCAUGAUUAUACCGGGGUUCGAAACGCUUAG